AUGGAGCGGGCGCUGGGGCUGCCCGCGGAAGAGGACCUCUUCCACAAGAGCCUCGCCGCCUCGGCCAAGCGCAUGGAGUCCGCCUUCCGCUCGCCCUCGGGGCUCGACCUCUCCCACCCGCGCGACCGCCAGCCCUCGCCGCUCGCCUGCUACGAAGCGCCGGAGCCCGAGGCGCUGCUUCAGCCCGGCGUCGGCGGAGACCCGCUGGCGCUGCCGCCGGGCUCUGUCUGCGUCAAGUACGGCGAGAGCGCCAGCCGCAGCUCGGUGGCCGAGAGCAGCGGCGGCGAGCAGAGCCCCGACGACGACAGCGACGGCCGCUGCGAGCUGCUGCUGCGCGGCGCCGGGGGGGACCUGCGCGACGCUUCGCCGGCGGCGGGCGGCGGCGGCGGCGGCGGCCCGGGAGGAGGGGGGGGCGGGGGGCUGAAGGCUGCCGAGGGCGGCUGCUCCAACGGGCACGGGCACGGCGGCAGCAAGAAGUCCAAGGAGCAGAAGGCGCUGCGCCUCAACAUCAACGCGCGGGAGCGGCGGCGGAUGCACGACCUGAACGACGCGCUGGACGAGCUGCGGGCCGUCAUCCCCUACGCGCACAGCCCCUCGGUGAGGAAGCUCUCCAAGAUCGCCACGCUGCUGCUGGCCAAGAACUACAUCCUCAUGCAGGCUCAGGCCCUGGAGGAGAUGCGGCGCCUCGUGGCUUAUCUCAACCAGGGCCAGGCCAUCUCGGCCGCCUCCCUGCCCAGCUCCGCCGCGGCGGCGGCGGCGGCGGCGGCCGCGCUGCAUCCCGCCCUCGGCGCCUACGAGCAGGCGGCGGGGUACCCGUUCAGCGCCGGGCUGCCUCCCGCCACCUCCUGCCCGGAGAAAUGUGCCAUCUUCAACAGCGUCUCUUCCAGUCUCUGCAAACAGUGCACGGAGAAGCCUUAA